AUGAAGCUGCGCAUUUUACGACUUACUGAGCCACUCCCCGCCCCCUUGAUUUCCUCAAGGCUCCCUCCCCAUAUUGUCUCGCUCGUCCGUCUCCCUUCCUUUUCCACCUCCCCCUCUCUCCUCCCCCCACUCUCCUUACUCCUCUCUUCUUCCCCUCUCCCUUCUCUCCUCCCGUUCUCCUUGCCCCACUCUCAAGAAAGACGUCUCAUUACCCGCACUCUUGAGGCGCCUCAAAAUGAGCGCACCUACGCGAUUCGCAAGGCGCAUGUCAACGUGGACAAGGCUCUCAAGGCUGCUGAGGUGGUGUUGGAGAAGUAUGACGUGGCGAGGCAGGUGGAGGAGCGCAUCAAGGAGGGUCCCAAGAACGCCCUGGACCCGUACUUAGCCGCCAUAGCGCGCCUGCACGAGGGCGUGGCGUACUUUGAGGCCAACCGGUCGUUCAAGAGUGCAGAGGCGGCUCUGGCUCACUCCAAGGCGCUGCUGAGGGAGGGCCACCACCGCCUGGAGGAUGCUCUUCGACAGCAAUUGCUGCAGUAUACCAAAGACGCAGACCCGGCAAAGCUGCUGGAUGCGAGCAAGCAGGGCGAGGAGGAGGGCGGAGGGGAGGGCGAGAAGGAGGACGGCGGGCUGCCGGUGCUGCUGGCGGAUGGCAAGGCGGGCGACCGCAUCCGCCAGCUGGCAGAGGCGCUCAUCCGGAUUGGCCGAGCUGAUAACUGCCUAAAGAUUUACACCGAGGUGCGAGGCACGAUGGUGGAGGCGGGGCUGAAGCGCAUUGCUGUGGAGAAGCUCACGCGCGAGCAGAUGGACGGCAUGUCCUGGGGGGAGCUGGAGAAGCGCAUCGAGGGGUGGCGACGGCAGACCCGGCUUGCGGUGCACGUGGUGUUCAUGGCGGAGAGGGAGUUAUGCGAAACGGUGCUGGCGGGGUUGGAGCCGCACACGGGGAAGGCGUUUGCGGACCUGGCGGGGCUCACGCUGGGCAUGCUGUUUGGGUUCGGGGAGGCCGUGGCGCGAAGCAAGAAGUCCCCCGAGAAGGUGUCGGUGCUCAUGGACAUGUACGAGACCAUGCGCGACCUCAUGCCUCAGGUGGAGGUGGUGUUUGCGGGGUCAGCCUGUGACGCCAUACGGGGCAGUGCGCAGCAGCUGCUGCAGCACCUGGCGGCGGCGGCCAAGGAGGCGUUUAACAACUUUGAGCUGGCAGUGGAGAGUGAGGACAGCGACAAGGUGCUGCCCGAUGGCGCCACACACGGCCUCACCAGCUACGUCGUCAACUACCUCAAAUACCUCUACGACUAUCAGGCGACCAUGCAGGAGCUGUUCGGUCGGGAGAACCUCUUCGGGGAAGCCACCAUCCGCAUCUUCGCGGCACUGCAUGCCAACCUGGAGAGGAAGAGCAAGCUCUACCGCGACCCCGCGCUCACCCAGCUCUUCCUCAUGAACAACGUGCACUACAUUGUGCACGCCGUGAGAAAGGGCGAGCUGAAGGAGGUGGUGGGGAAGGACUGGAUUGACCGGCAGCGGCGCAUCGUGCAGCAACAUGCCGCAGCUUACCAGCGCACGUCAUGGAACAAGAUUUUCGGUUUGUUGACGUCAGCAGGGCUGAAUGCGGACGGCAAGGAGGGCAGUGUGAGCCGCAGCGCUCUCAAAGAGAGGUUCCGCUUGUUCAAUGCAACAUUUGAGGAGCUGCAUCGCUCGCAGUGCAUGUGGAAGGUCCCCGACCCCGAGCUGCGGUCCGCUGUGCAGCUGCAGAUCGCCGAGGUCUUGCUACCUGCAUACCGUGCCUUCGUGCAGCGAUACACUCCCUCCCCCGCUUCUCAGCCCGGUGCUCGUGGGUGGGGGCUCUGUUUCAUCUCACGCCUGUCCCUUGUCUCUCCCUCUCCCCAUCCCUUCCCCUCCUCCUUCCCCACCAUCUGCCCGGUGCUGGAGAAUGGAGACAGUGUUGCAUCUCACGCCUGUCCCUUGUCUCUCAUUUCCUCUCACCCUCCUCCCAUCAGCCCAAUGUUGGAGAGCGGUGGGCGGUUUGGGCGCAGCAGCGAGGCGGCGAGCAAGUACAUUUGCUUCACGGAGGAGGGCCUGGACUCGCUGCUCCCCUAUCCCACCCCUUUCCCCCACCCCUUUCCCCCACCCCUUUCCCCCACCCCUUUCCCCCACCCCUCUCCCCCACCCCUUUCCCCCACCCCCCCUUCCCUCAGUCCGGUGUUGGAGAGCGGCGGUCGUUUCGGCCGCAGCAGCGAGGCGGCCAGCAAGUACAUUCGCUUCACGGAGGAGGGCCUGGACUCGCUGCUCAACGAGUUCUUCCAGGGCAGGGAGAGCCGCAACAUCCUCCUCACCCAACCCGCUGCCCGCUAG